CCUUCCCAGCCCACUUCUCUCUCUCAAAGCAACAAUGGAAAGCUCGAUCUCUCUCUGUGUUCUAUUCGCUUUUCUCUUGCUCUGUACUCUCGCUUCCGCGAAAUUAAACGACGAUCUGCGACUCGCGCGCUCCAAUCUGCCGUCGGUUCAGGCCGAGAAGCUGAUCAGAGAGCUGAACUUGUUCCCCAAGAAUGACCUCAACGUCAUCGACGACCGAUAUUCCUCGCUCCCUCCGAAGAACAAGAUCACCGAGAAGCGGCUGGUCUUUCCCAACUUCGUCGGGUCGGGGGCGUCCGUGGAGGACUUGGGCCACCACGCUGGCUACUACAACAUUGAGCAUUCUCACGCUGCUAGGAUGUUCUACUUUUUCUUUGAAUCACGCAACAGCAAGAAAGACCCAAUUGUUAUCUGGUUGACGGGAGGGCCAGGGUGUAGUAGUGAAUUGGCCAUGUUCUACGAAAAUGGUCCUUUCAAAAUUGCAAAUAACUUGUCCCUUGUUUGGAACGAGUAUGGUUGGGACAAGGUAUCAAACCUUCUUUAUGUUGACCAACCUACUGGGACUGGCUUUAGCUAUACUUCUGAUAGACGUGACAUUCGCCACAAUGAAGAGGGUGUUAGUAAUGACCUUUAUGACUUCUUGCAGGCCUUCUUUGCAGAGCAUCCUGAAUUUGCAGAUAAUGACUUUUACAUAACUGGAGAAUCAUACGCCGGGCAUUACAUCCCUGCUUUUGCAGCUCGAGUCCACCGAGGGAACAAAGCCAAAAAUGGAAUUCAUAUAAACCUAAAGGGAUUUGCCAUUGGUAAUGGACUUACUGAUCCUGCAAUCCAAUAUAAGGCGUACACUGAUUAUGCGCUGGACAUGGGCAUAAUUUCAAAAUCUGCACAUGAUCGCAUUAACAAGGUGGUUCCAGUCUGUGAAACAGCAAUCAAGCUUUGUGGCACCGAUGGUACAAUCUCUUGUGUGGCUUCAUAUUUUGUUUGCAAUUCUAUAUUCAGUAGCAUCAUGGCCCUUGCUGGUGAUACCAAUUAUUAUGACAUUAGAAAGAAGUGUGAGGGGAGCCUCUGUUAUGACUUCUCAAACAUGGAGAAAUUCCUAAAUCAGAAGCCUGUAAGGGAUGCACUAGCAGUUGGGGACUUAGACUUUGUGUCGUGUAGCCCUACAGUGUAUCAGGCCAUGCUGGUGGACUGGAUGAGGAAUCUUGAAGUGGGUAUUCCUACACUUCUUGAGGAUGGAGUCAAUUUGCUUGUGUAUGCUGGAGAAUAUGAUCUCAUAUGCAACUGGCUUGGUAAUUCAAGAUGGGUUCAUGCUAUGGAAUGGUCUGGUCAGCAAAAGUUUGUAGCAUCCCCUGAAGUUCCUUUUGUAGUCAAUGGUUCAGAAGCUGGAGUACUGAAAAGCCACGGGGCUCUCACUUUCCUCAAGGUUCACGAUGCGGGUCACAUGGUUCCUAUGGACCAGCCCAAGGCGUCAUUAGAGAUGCUGAGGAGGUGGACUCAGGGCAAACUUUCUGAAGCCCCAUCCGAUUCUGGACAAUUGGUUGCUGAGAUGUGAUUGCCUCGUUCUUUCUGCCUAUCUUAUUAUCUUAGUCUCAGUUGCAGAAUUUGGCCUCAAAAUCAAAGCAAACAACACUAUAUGGUUUCCUUUGUUUCUCACAAUGCCUGUAAAUAUUUAUGUACGCUUCCCUUUGAGAAAAAAAAAAAGAACUCUAGAUAUGUAAUGUGGUAUCUCUACGGUUUUUGAAGAUUUCACACCAAUAAACCAAUGAAGAUAACGAUGCCAAAUAUUUUGUAUA